UGUAUAAAAUGGCGAAUGAAACCAAUCAACAGGUGUAAACAACCAUUCCCAGAUGUUUUUAUAACGAAAAAUGACAGGAAAAGUGUGUUAUUCACGGUAAAAUAAGGAUGUCACUCUCCGCCACCGAUAGAAAGACGUAUUGGACAGAUCAAAGGGAGAGUUUAAAUAGGAUUCGUUCCCGAUUAAGUGAUAGAGACUCGCCUAAACGUCUUCGAGAGUCCCCUGUGCACCGAGACCAUUCUCCAUACGGCAAAUACAGGAAGCCAACCUCUCCUGCUUACCUACCAAGACUUGAUCGUCAUGAUCGGACACCAGAAGGUUACCGAGACGAUCAUGUGAGGGGGAGUAGAUAUGGAGUUAUCCCCCCUGUACACCGUCGAGAGAAAAAUAAAAGCCCUGCAGUAGAUUAUGACAGCUGGGGUGAGGAGAGUGAUGAUGAAGAAGAACAUCAACAGCCUCAGUAUUAUAUGCCGCAACCCCUACCAUACGGCUAUCCAACCUAUGUGCCCCCCGGUGGCCCCCAGCCAGUUGUGUUUGGACCCCCUUUCCCCAUGUAUUACCCCCCUCCCCCACAGUACCGUGGUAAAAACAGACGCAGUAAAGACAAAAGACGACAAAGAUCACCUGAACAUAGUAAAUCAUAUAGAAAUGAACCCCCACUUCACCAUUCAAUACCGGGACAGGACACUACACGAUAUCGGGAGCCAUCAGUGAAGGACGACGUCCUCAAGCGAUAUAAGUAUAUUUACCCGCGGGACAGUCCGUUCACUCCCCCAGCUGGAGAGACCCUGGUGGAGCAGCGUUAUAGAGGGGAUAUUGACUCAUUGAUGUAUUUUUACUUCACUGACCAUCCCUUGUUUGCGGAGGACACGGUUGAUUGGUUGACUAAUGACCUUCUAGAGGAUAUAAUACCCGACCUCCUCAUAGAGACUUUUACUGAUAUUUCUAAAUUGACACCAAGUCAUCCGCUCCACAGUGUGUCAGCUAAUCUGGCAGAGGAGAUUGGUAGUGAGGCGGUACAGGACGAGAUCGAGGCUGUCGUGAGGGAGGCGGUUAAUGAUAUGGUGAACGCUCACAUGGGAAGUAAGAGUGGCGAGGAUUGGUUGUCCGCCAUCAUUAAUGACCGUAUAGCUAACAGUGUGUUUGAUGAACUACUGGACAGUCAUGUCGACAACAUCAAGGAUGAACUGAUAACAAACAUAAUCCAGGAGGUUGUCAUAGAAGGUUACCUUGAGGAUGAAAUCAUCGAAGUUGAGGUCGAGGAGGAAUCGGCUGAGAUUGCACAUGACAUCCUUCACCGUUUCGACUCCAAACUUAUGAAGAAAGAACUUAAAGAGGUAUCUAAGAAGGCAGGUGAUAAGCUGAUGGAUCUGUUCAUUGGUGAACAGCUUCUACUGCUGGUGGCCAAACAAGGCAAGGUCUGGGGAGAAAACGACCUCUACAACAAAAUCAUGGAUGAUUUCAUCCUCACGAGACUCCUAGAACAGUAUUACUUCGUAAGAGAUGAGAGACACAAAACUCUGGCAUCUAAGCCCAUGAGAAAGUUGCACGAAAAAGCUGUUUCUGAAGUGGCCUUAGAUGUGCUAUUACAACAAAUGCAUGCCUCCCUCGAUGAGGAUUUGGCAGAUGUUGACGAAUACGAGCGAGGAGUGGAUGGCAAUCAGUCUGCCCCGGCUACACCAAUGUUACCUAUUCCUUCAACCAGACUACCUCUCAGCUGAUGAAACUGAAAUAUCUCCAGAAAUCUACUAGGACUCCAUGUUAUCAGUUAAGCUUCCGAAGAUGGUGCUGAUUGUACUAUGAUCUGCUAAGCCUCAGAAGAUGGUGCUAAGGUCAAUGAAACUGACAUUACCUGAUCAUGAAGUGACUGGCUUCAUUAAGAAUACAUUUAGGUUCAGACAUUGUAACAGUUGGCAUAGGGAAAAGAUGUUUUUCCUGUCUGCCAAACCAGUUAAGUGAACCAACUUCAUUAAAAACACAUUCAUGCAUCAGUCAAUUCAACUGCAGAUAGCAUUUAUAACACAAACUUAUUAAGCCUUUUCAUUGAUAAAAUCUGUAAUCACCAAUUAAAUCAAUUCCCAGGAAAUUCUGUGUUUACUAAUUGAAAUCCAUCCAAGUAAAAUAUGUAUUCACCAAUAUUAAUUACCAGGGAAAUCUGUAUUCAGUAAUUGAAUUAAUCCAAAUCUUUAUUCACCAAUUUAAUCAAUUCAAAUCUGUUUUCAUUAAUUGAAUCAAUUCAAAUCUUUAUUCACCAAUUUAAUUAAUUCAAAUCUUAAUUCACCAAUUAAAUAAAAUUCAAAUCGGUUUUCACCAAUUUAAUUAAUUCAAAUCUGUUUUCACCAAUUUAAUCAAUUCAAAUCUCUAUUCACCAAUUUAAUCAAUUCAAAUCGGUUUUCACCAAUUUAAUUAAUUCAAAUCUGUUUUCACCAAUUUAAUUAAUUCAAAUAUGUUUUCACCAAUUUAAUUAAUUCAAAUCUGUUUUCACCAAUUUAAUAAAAUUCAAAUCGGUUUUCACCAAUUUAAUUAAUUCAAAUCGGUUUUCACCAUUUUAAUCAAUUCAAAUCUCUAUUCACCAAUUUAAUUAAUUCAAAUCUCUAUUCACCAAUUUAAUUAAUUGAUAUCUGUUUUCACCAAUUUAAUUAAUUCAAAUCGGUUUUCACAAGUUUAAUAACUUGAUAUUUAUACAACAAUUGAAUUAAUUCCAAAUGUAAGCUGUAUUCACCAAUUUAAUUAAUCCCCAGUAAAACCUGUAUUCACAAGUUGAUUGAAUUCAUUCCAGGUAAAAUCUAUAUUCACCAACUGAAUUUAUAUAUCAUGAUGGUACUAUUACUGCCCUAGAUAUAUAUGUAUGCAAAAUGUACCUGAAUUAUCAUUGUACAUACUUUGUAAAUGUUUGGAUUCUUUCAGAAAACAUUCCAUUGUCAUUAUUUUAAUAUAUCCAUUAUACUAUUUUUAAUGGUUUUUUCUUAAUUAUUGCUUUCACAGAAAAUGCUAAUGUUGUGACCAAAAGUUGGACAGCAAAUGUAGUAUAACUGUAUUUUGAAUUAAUUAAAUGUUAAUUGUUGGUUUUUUCUGCCGACAGAUACUGGUUACAAUUUAUUUGUAUGCAUGUCAAUAUUGUCCUUGUUCUGAUUGGAUUAGAGAUGGUCAUGUGUAGAUCGAUAUUUACCAAAAUAUGUACUCUACGUUUUAAGAACAGCCAGACCAUAUGAACCCAGGAAUACAUACACUGUAUCUUCAUAUUAAGUAGAUCGAUAACCCCAGAAUGGCCAACUGUGAUGAAAUAUUUGUCUUGGGGGAUAAUUUGCAAUAUUCUAAUGAAGGCAUUUCUUUUGUUUUAGGGCUAUUCCAGAAUUAUCUGUGUGGGAGGGGUUGGAGCAGCAAUUGUAUUAAAAUUUGAUAGGGUGGUUGGGGUAAAUCUCCAUUCCCUGUAUUCCUUACACUAAAUAUGUUUUAUUUAUGUGAUGGAUGUUGAGGUCUCUAAAAAAAAUGUCUCCCACCCCUCCCACAUGGGUAACAUUGGAAUAGCCCUUAGUCUAAAUGUUCAAAUUUAACUCUUUCAACCCUAAGAAACUUUAGUGGACUCUGCCAUUCUUUCAUAAGUUUAAGUCCAAUAUGGUCAGUAGGGGUGAAAGGGUUAAGAUAACAAUGUUUUAAUUAAUAUAAUCAAAUCACUGGUAAAUAUGUACAUACAUGAGAAUAAAGAAACUUUGAUUCAGUUAAUAUGGAGUUAUAUUAACUAGGUCGAAAAAAAUAUUGACCUCAAGCUUCAUCCUCGGUUAAUAUUUUCCACCUGCUUUAUGUAACACUAUUGACCUCAUCAAAGGUCCAUAUUUGGUAAAUAUAUGUACAUGUAUCAAUCCAUGCCUGUGAGAUUUAAAAUUGUGACCUGCAUCUGAAUGUUAAUGUAUACUUGUAUAGCUUUAAAUUGUCAUGGAUUUUAUUAAGUUGUCAAUUUAUUCUUAGACUAUUGGAUUGCAUGAAAAUAUUAAGGAAGUUGAGAUUUGCAAAAAUAAUACGGGUGGCUUUCUUAGACGUUACAUAUUGUAAAUACAGUUUUAUCAAAUCUUAUAAAAGUGUGAUACAUUACAUGCCUUUGUCAUAUCAAUGUCAUAUCAAAUUUUUUUGAGCAAGUUUUUGUAUGAAACUUGGCAAAAUCUCCGUCCACUUAUAAUACAGAACUUAUGUACACAGGGGCCAGAUACUAUCUUGAUAUUGUGGUCCUAAGAAUAUUUCUACAAAUACAACAAAAUGUAUAUUAAUUUAUUCCUACACUUAUUCCAUCAUUACAUCCAUCUCCUGUCCCUGAGAUUUUCUCAAUGUUUUAAUUGACAUUAUUGUUAUUUGUCCCCUACCGAUGAAACCAUUAGGAACUAUAGGUUUACUUCCUGUCCAUCUGUCUGUCCAUCUACUCAGUUUUUCGGCACUUUUCUCAGCCAUGCUUCACGUUUUGUAGGUGAAAGUUGCCAUGUAACUUCAGUAUGAGUAGCUACAGAUCAAGAUUGAGUUUCAGGGUUUUUGGGUCAAGGUCGAUGUACUAUUUUUAGUGGGGGUGGUAGGGGACAUAUAUUGCUUUAGCAAUACCCAGCAUGCUUGUUAACAUAGAUUUGUUAGAUUGUUGUUGAGUUCUUUAUUUUGAGUGUUAUUUGGCUUUAUGCUUUAAUUCCAUGAUAUUUAUUAUGAUUAUUAUUUGGCUAACAUAGGUUUUAUAUUAUAUACACAGGGGCUUGAUUCGUUCCUAUGAAGGUUCAUAUUAUACACACAGGGGCUUGACACGUUCUGACCUAGAAUGAAAUAUUAACCCCAGGAUCCGAUCCCCAAGAUCACUGCCUGUGGUUAUACUUAGACCAACAAUAGUUUCACCAUAAUUAUAAUCUGUAUUGAACUGAAUCUGUAAGAGUUCAUUUCAUAAGGACUUUAUUAAAGAAACACAUAAGUUAAUGGUUAGACUGGCCCCCUGUCUCUAGAAUAUUAAAAUUAUAAAUAGAAUUGAGCUUUAUGAUUUUGAUCCCUAGGAUAUGUCUGAUUCUAGAUCCUAAGUUUCCAACUAGGGGCAGAUAAUCUGGUAUUAGAAUUUAGCUUGGCAAUUCUUAACAAAACAACUGAGGGUCUGGUGGUCAGUCUAGUUAGUGGUCAAUGUUAUUGUUUAUUAUAAUAGAUACAGCAUCAGUAUCAGUAUUUUAUGUAGACUGCUAUUAAUUCUGAGGACAGAUGUUCACAGUAAAUGCUGAACAUACAGCUGUUUUGUCCAGUGUAUCAUUAUUGGUCUGGAGGAGAAAGAAUGUCUUCAAGAAAGAUAACUCUAAUACAACUUAGUUUUAAAAUCAUAUUAUAAUAAUUCACAUGGACUUAGUACAAAUUCCUAGCCCACAGCUCAAUAUAUAUAUAUAAAUAUAAUUUAUAUGGACUUAGAGUUAGGGAUUUCUGCCAAGUCCCUGUGAUAUAUAAUCUAUUUAACAUUUUAUUUAUCUGAAAUUUUUUGUCUUUAAUAUUAAGUUUUUAAUCAUUCAUAGUCUGGGAUUUCAUUUUCUGAAUGUCCAAUUUUUAACCUUAUUGGUAUAUGAAAAUUAAAACUACGAUCUCAUAAUGUUAACUUUAGUGUUUCGUCCCAUUAAUGUAAUGUAUUAUAUAAAGUUACCCCAGAAUUCAUCACUGUACUGCAUGCAAGGUUCUACAAUAUAAUGUAGUUUAUGAUUACUUGUCUAACUUUACAAUUUCUAGUCAAAGGAAAUGUAAUUCAUGACAAAAUAAAUUUACAACAAAAAAUUACAGCAUACAUCUUACAUAGCGUGCAGAUGCUUUAGAGAAUUUCUUCCAUGAUAACCAAGAUAUUUAUUUUCAAUGAAAUAGAUUUACUUGUUAGCAAUCAUCAUUAGCUUGAUUCAUACAAGAUGUUCCAGUUAUCAUACUCAAAAUUGCUGAAGUGUAAAUGUUGUAAAUUGUGGUCAAAAGUGUCCCACUUACAGAUAAGUUGUCAAAAUUGUAAACCGUCCAAUUGUAAAUUAAUUAGCAAUGUGUAAAAUGAUCGUUGAACGACUGUAGUCAAAAUGUCAAAGAUGAAUAUGAUCAUGGCAUUGAAAGAUUGGAAAUAGAGUUUAUAAGUUAAUAUGUAUUAGUUAUAUUCCCACUAGUAUCAUUUUAUAACAAACAUUCAGAAAUAUAUUGCCAAAAUAUGAACUCUCCCGAAGGAUUCCCAUUUAUGUUUAUAAAUCAAAAAUGGGGAUAUUUACUGGAAUGUAUCAUGGUAAAAUAUGCAUUGUCUUUCUUAAUAUGAAAUGUAUUGUGAUGUUUUUUUGUAAGAAAAUUGACAUGUUUCUUUGCAAAUCCGUCCAUGAAUUUAAGUAUUUUGAAUAUCUGUACAUUUUUGUAUAUGAAAUGUAUAACUUUUUUUUCUGCGCCGUCGUUUUGAAAAUUAAUAUAUUUCUGAGAUUGUAAAUAGCUCAAAUGUUUGAAGCUGUUUGCGGCCAUAAAAAGUUGAAUCUGCAAUUGAAGUGAAAGGAUUCAUGUUAAGGGACUGAAUGGUUAGAUAAAAACAGCAAAUGGUGACAGAUAUAACUUCCAGUGUUGUUCAGCGAUACUUUGAAGUUGAUAAACAUUCCCAUAAUAUUUCACAAGAAGUGCCAAAAUUUUGUAAACUGUAAUUAAUUUUUAAGUAUCACAACGCUUUCCGUAAAUCAAAUGUAUGAAGAAAUUUAACGAAAUCUAACCAUUUAGUCCCUUUAAAUAUUCAGAAACUUCAAGUCUUACUCUGAGAGCAUUUAAAAUCAUGAAGUGAGGUAUUUUUCCUAUUUCAUUUGUAUGUAUUUAAUAACUUUAUUUCUAGUUUAAAUUUAAAAUCUUACUUUUACAAAAUGGUCACAUACACAUAUAAAUGAUUUUUUUUUUUCAGGUAUUAGAAUAUUUAUGUGGACAUUUCACGCAAGGUUUGUUGACUGUGAUAAUAAUUGAUAGAUUAAAUCAAGUGUUGAAUAUCUCA